GAUGUUAUAACUCAUCUGAAGAGUUUAAGUGAGAGCACGCUGUCCUUUAAUACAUGUUAUAAACCUGUUAUUAACGUGUAUAACAUUAAUAUCUGUGUGUAGGCCUGCUAAAAUGUAAAUAUUAACGCGGGACAAGACAUGCGCAAUAGAAACAAAGUGACUCCCCGUAUAUAAAGUGUUGGCGCCGGCGCGAGUCCUUCACUCCACUUCAAAAACUGCGUCGGAAGAAACACCGCAAUAUACAGCAAUAAACAACCCAAUAUACAGCAUAAUGACCAGACGGAGUGGACGCCUUCAAGCUAAACAUGAGAAUGGAGCCACCCAUACAGACAAGAUAGCAAAAAUCAAGAAGGAGUGCAACAGGAAGAAAGCCCUGAGCAAAAGGCGAAAUGGUGAACCUCAGAACCUGCGGGCUCAAGAGGGAGCAUGCCAUGAUGAAGUUGUAAUUGAAACCCCUAUGGAAGGGAUUCAUGAUGCAUUUGACCAGCCAGGCUUGUCCCAGUGUUCUAGACCAUCUCCUCUGCCUCGACUCAGCUGGGGGAGUUCAGAGGACGUGUGGGUUAAGAUGUUGAGCAAGGAGAUUAAGUAUAAGCACAGUAAUACCUGUCUGGAGAGGCAUCCAAAACUUCAGCCCAAGAUGAGAGCAGUUUUACUUGACUGGCUCAUGGAGGUAUCUGAGGCUUAUCUGCUUCACAGACAGACAUUCUACCUGGCACAAGACUUCUUUGACAGGUUCAUGCUCACCCAAGAGAACACGGAAAAGGAACGGCUUCAGCUCAUCGGCAUCACGGCUCUCUUCAUCGCCUCCAAAAUCGAGGAAAUUUAUCCACCCAAACUCACAGAGUUGGCCUACGUCACAGACGGCGCAUGUCUUGAAGAAGAGAUCCUACAAAUGGAGCUUAUCAUGUUAAAAGCAUUAAAUUGGGACUUGUAUCCUGAAACGGUCGUGUCGUGGAUGAAGCUUUACAUACAGGUGGCCUCGGUGUACGAUUUCACGAACCUGCUGGUGCCACAGUUUUCACAAGAGACGUACAUACAGAUCACACAGCUUUUAGAUUUGUGCAUCCUAGAUAUCAACUCACUGGAGUUUAAAUACGGGGUGCUGGCUGCAGCCGCCUUUUGCCACUUUAUAUCAUUUGAAGUUGUACAGAAAGUAUCAGGUUUGACCUGGGAGGCAGUAGAGAGCUGUGUGAACUGGAUGGCUCCUUUUGUAGAGACCAUGAUGGGUUACGAGACUGCAAGGCUUAAAACGUUUGCAAAAGUCUCUUCCGAGGACCGACACAACAUCCAGACCCACAUCAGCUACCUCUCCAUGCUGAACGAAGCACAGCAAAAACGGACUAUUCGCACAAGCGGCAUCUUUCCCCCUACACCACCGAGCAGCGCGGAGAAAUCCAGCACACACUGAGGGAUCAGUGCUGCACCAUGUCCCAAUGCUUCUCUCGUCCCUACAGCUUAAAGCUACUGUACUGUGCCGCAGCAGUCUGCAUUUCAGAGCAGCUGGGAGAUUAAUAUAUUGUAUAAUGUGAAUAGGAAGGUUGAGAUUUGUUUAAAGAAAGACUUCCAUGAACUGCAUUUCAUUUUAUCCCAAACCUGAAACAAUUCACUGUGGAUAUAAUUCACUAAGACAUAAGCAAAGCACAUCCUCAGGGAUUUUAUUACCAUCACUGUUAAGAGAAAAGUUUGUAAAUAAAUGUUUAAUUACUUAUGAAGCUUGACUGUCGAAAAUAUUUGAAAACUGUAUUACCCUGGAAGAUUUGCCGAUUAGAAAUCUUAUCCAUUAUAUUCACAUAUAAUGUGCAAUAUUCCAUGCUAUGUAACUAAAAUGACCUGUAAAUGGUACUGUAAAAGGACCAAAUUUCAACUGUCUUAAAAUGUUAUGUUUAAUUUUGAUAUCUGAACACCGGUGAACCUGAUAAUUCUUUUUUUUUUUUUUUACUAUUUUGUUAAGUAUGUGCAUUAUUGUACAGAAUGAAUCUAUUUCAGUAUCACUAAAGCUAUUGGAAAAUUAUUUAUGAUUCUUACCCCAAAGUCCAAAUUAGCAGCUGAAGAUUAAACAGCAUUCAGUAACACAAGGUUAUUAAUGUUGUGCUUGUCAUGUGACGGUCCUGUGUGCUGUAGCUUCAUAAAGUAAUUGUAAUUUUUGUGUGUGUGUAUAUGGAUAUAUAUUUUGAUCAUAGAUCAAUAGUGUAUAUUUGUAAAAGAAAUCUACGGAAGAAAAUA